UACCACUCUUAUUACAGACUCCAUAUUGUUCACUAUCAGAAUAGUUAUAUCUGAUUCAAAGAGGUAAUUUUGUUAAAAUAAUCCAGCGUGUGUGUUUUAAUUAAUAUUCGUAUUAAUAUUAUUAGACAGGUGAAGAAGAUAUUUUACUGGAAAUAUAUAUCAUACAAAUCAGGCUCCAUUGAGUACCUUACAACCAGAACAACUCGACUAUUAUUCUUCCUUUUUUACGGUAUAAGAAGGAACACCGGAUAUAACCGUGUUUUGAGUUAAAACUAAGUCGGAGGAAAUUACCGGAGCUGAUGUUAAGGCCUGGACAUCUCAAGCCAUGGCGCUAAGUAAACAACUCUGUACGCGGGAGAAAACAUUUAACUACCCAAGUAAUGACGACCAACGUUCUGAUUCAUUUUCUGAAGUCUUCGACGAAAUCAGCUUUUGUGUCAGACCAGAAGAAAACCGUGAGAUAAUAAGCAAUCACCUUGACGAUACUGAUGAUUCAUCGUCUGCUAAACCAAUUGUUAGCUGUGCAAAAUGUGUGGAGCAUGUACGUGUGGAGAGGGUGUCACAAAUUCGGAGAGGCCAUCAUAUAACUAUGCCUGGUAACAAAGUUGGCAACAAGUAUGAUUCUGAACGCCGAAAGCAGAAGUGGCUAUACAUGCACCAUGCCAUUGUAAAAGAUAUAAUAGCUAAGGAUGACCGGAGGUCAAUCGUGGAGCUGAAAUUAAUCCACAUGUGGAAAAAUGAACGCGGUGAACUAGGGCUUUGUGAGACGGAGACACAGUUCGCUCUUGUAAAUGAUGAGUUAUACAUAGUUGAAUAUAAACAUCCAAGAUUUACGCGAGAACAGGUGGUAGAACGAGCGGAGAAAGCGCUAAAUGACCAAGAAAAUGCUCGUAGUGAAUCAAGAUUCAUACGGUUUAGUUCUUACAAUGUGGUUACAACAAACUGUGAACAUUUUGCCACAUGGUGUGUGGUAGGACUACAAAAGAGCCAUAGAGAUUUGUAUUUCUGGCAACAAAUUGGAAAGAAAAUUGUCGCAAUAGGCGAGAGUUCACAAGUCAUGGAGAUGAAGACGCGUCUUGUUGAAAUAUUUGGAAAUGCAAGCAGAAUAGUAAAAUGCCUCAUAAUACUGUUUGAGUCCUCUGAUGAAAUUACGAAGAUAGUGGGUAACAGCAUGCCGUGUGCAACAACAAUAUUAAGCGUCUCUGCUGCUAUGUAUGUAUUAUAUUGCAUAAUAAUGACUAUAUACUUUAAGUAUAAGUACGCCAGGAGUGAAAUAUGUGCCUCGUGUUUUCGAAACAGUGUAAAGGAUCUAUGGGCUAGAUGUUCUGUGUAUGGAAUCACCUCUAUAGCCACGUUUUUCAUAUUGAGUAGCGGCGUAUCGAUUCCGGCUGUGGUGGGCUGUUUUGCGCUGAUAGCGUUGUCGGUGGUUGGUCAACAUUACAUCCCAAAUAUACGAAAAGCUCUGAUGGCCCCAUACGGGUGCAGCAAGACCGCAAUAAAACGUCUCGAUGAUAUAAAUAUCGGAGAUAUUGUUACUAUACAAUACUGGGGUCUACCCCAUGACGUCAUUGUUACGGAAGUUCACACCAAUAGCAGUGAUGAGAAAGGCAAGAUUCGAGUUGUUCACUAUGCUUUAAACAAAUUGUUUACCACUAGAGAGGUUAAAGAAGAAUACUUUUCAUUUAAAUUGGUUAAAAAAUAUUUUCCUAUCUUGCACCGUCAUGACUGUGAUCAUUUGAAUUUGUUUCCGCCUGAAAUUGCUGUCCUAAGGGCAAAGCAGAGAAUAGGUGAACGGAAAUGGCAUGUGACUAAAAACCGUUCCGAUCACGUUUGCUAUUGGGCGAAAGUAAAACAAUCCUUUACUACAGAUGACGCAGACGACACGUCACGUGAAUCGUCUGCUCCUCUAGAGGGUCGAGGUCAAUCGAAACAUCUCAGUACCUUGUUUAUGGGAGAGAUGGAGGCACAUCUCAGUAGCGACAUAGAAAUUGGAGACGCUGUAAGAGUUAAAGGUGUGGAGGGAAUACUUGUAUACAAAGAUUGUGGAGAAAGGAAAAUGAAAUUGGAGAUUGUCACUGUUAAAGAUUCCGUGAAAAAGGUGAGGCAAUUUGUAAAUCUCAAUACUGACAAUGUUACAGUUUUGAGAUACCAUCCGGUACAUUGUCAUCCGAAACCAGUUCGAGUUGAUCGGGCAAGAUUGAUUAGAGGCCAGCAAAUUCCUUUGAAAAAUUUUAUGAAUUUUUGUUUGUUGCUGAACAGUUAACUUUAAGUGACUUUUUAUACAGAUUCUGUUUUCGGCAGAAUUAAAAAUCAUCUGUUUAGCCGGCCAUAAGAAUGUAACUACCCACCAAGCAAGACGUAUGCGCUGAUCUAGCGGAACUGUCAAUUGUGAUGCGCAGUAAUGUAAGAUUCCGAACUGAUACCCAAACGCCUUCGGUUAAGUUAAACGAAAGAACUAUAAAUAUCGUUAUUGCAUUAUUAUCCAUUAGUCAUUCAUGUUAGAAUAUUUAUUCAUCAUUAUGUAUCAAUGUAUUUGGUGAAGUGAUACGAUAGAAAAAUAAACAUAGUUAUUGCAUUCCUAUCCAUUAGCAUUUCAUGUUAAAAUAUUUAUUCAUCAUUAUUUAUGACUAUAAUACUCGUGAAUAGAGUUUUAGAAUAUUGUCAAUACUAAACACUUUUUUGUCUCUCCAAAUGUGGAUAGCUACUUGCAUGACUUAAGGUUAAACAUUUACCGAUUGUCGCCCCUUGGCGUUAUUCAUUUAAUCAAAUUUUAAGUUUCAAAUGCUGAUUUUUUUUAUUUAGAGUUCAUUUGUCCGGUAAUUCAACGUUUUAACUGCAGUUAAAGAUACUUGUUUUUCUGUUCAAUGGGUCACAUGAGUCUAUUGUAAACAUUACCUUUAUUGGCUUGGCUAAACAGCCUGUGUUGACUAGGAGCUGCCUGUAUAAGGCUUUAAAGUACUCGAAAAUCAAUCACUGGACUUAAAUAAAGUAGAAAUAAGAACAACAACACUAAACAAAAAUAAACUAAAACAAAAAAUUAAAAAUACAUUCCUCAGUGACGGCACUCAUCUUGUUUUCAGUUUUAAAUAUCCAUACCACAAAAGUACUAAUUUUUCAGCACCAUUAGUGAAUUAAUUCUACGAAACAACCUCUGCAGACCAACCAACCGUCUUUAUGAGACAAAGAGUGUGUUUGUUACCGUGAGGUGUUGCUCUUGUAUAUUUUGAAGUCCUAAUUUUGGAAGAAAUGAAAAUGUUAUUAUAAAACGGUUAUUGCUUGACAGAGUGCAGUACAUAAAAAGUCAAACUUUAA